UGUGAGAGCGGACGCCGCGGUGGGUCCUUGGCGGUUACUGUUCCUGUUUGCUGCUGCUCCUGCCGCCAUGGGCAAGAGAGACAGGGCAGACCGCGACAAGAAGAAGUCCAAGAAGCGGCACUACGAGGAUGAAGAAGAGGAUGAAGACGACGCCCCUGGGAACGAAUCUCACGAAGCGGUCCCCUCGGCGGCCGGGAAACAGGUGGAUGAGUCUGGCACCAAAGUGGAUGAAUAUGGAGCCAAGGACUACAGGGUGCAGAUGCCGCUGAAGGACGACCACACCUCCAGACCCCUGUGGGUGGCUCCUGAUGGCCAUAUCUUCUUGGAAGCCUUCUCUCCAGUUUACAAAUAUGCCCAAGACUUCCUGGUUGCCAUUGCAGAGCCAGUGUGCCGACCAACCCAUGUACAUGAGUACAAACUAACUGCCUACUCCCUAUAUGCAGCCGUCAGCGUUGGGCUGCAAACCAGUGACAUCACUGAGUACCUGCGGAAGCUCAGCAAGACUGGAGUCCCUGAUGGUAUUAUUCAGUUUAUUAAGUUGUGUACUGUCAGCUAUGGAAAAGUCAAGCUGGUCCUGAAGCACAACAGGUACUUUGUUGAAAGCUCCCACCCUGAUGUCAUCCAGCAUCUCCUCCAAGACCCCGUGAUCCGGGAAUGCCGCCUGAGGAACGCUGAAGGGGAGGCCACGGAGCUCAUCACAGAGACUUUCACAAGCAAAUCUGCUAUUUCUAAGACUGCUGAAGGUAGCAGUGGCCCCUCCACUUCCCGAGUGACAGAUCCACAGGGUAAAUCUGACAUUCCUACAGACCUAUUUGACUUUUAUGAGCAAAUGGACAAGGAUGAGGAAGAAGAAGAAGAGACACAGACGGUAUCUUUUGAAGUCAAACAGGAAAUGAUUGAGGAGCUCCAAAAACGUUGUAUUCACCUAGAAUAUCCUCUGCUGGCAGAAUAUGACUUCCGGAAUGAUUCUGUCAACCCUGAUAUCAACAUUGAUCUGAAACCCACAGCUGUCCUCAGACCCUAUCAGGAGAAGAGCUUGAGGAAGAUGUUUGGGAAUGGGCGUGCGCGGUCAGGGGUCAUUGUUCUUCCUUGCGGUGCUGGGAAGUCCCUGGUUGGUGUGACUGCUGCAUGUACUGUCAGGAAACGCUGUCUGGUGCUAGGCAACUCGGCAGUGUCUGUAGAACAGUGGAAAGCCCAAUUCAAGAUGUGGUCCACCAUUGAUGACAGCCAGAUCUGCCGCUUCACCUCUGAUGCCAAGGACAAGCCCAUAGGCUGCUCCAUUGCCAUUAGCACGUAUUCCAUGCUGGGCCAUACCACCAAAAGAUCCUGGGAGGCUGAGCGAGUCAUGGAGUGGCUCAAAACCCAGGAGUGGGGCCUCAUGAUCCUGGACGAAGUGCACACCAUACCAGCCAAGAUGUUCCGAAGGGUGCUCACCAUCGUGCAGGCCCACUGCAAGCUAGGUUUAACUGCAACCCUUGUCCGGGAGGAUGAUAAAAUCGUGGACUUAAAUUUCCUGAUUGGGCCUAAGCUAUAUGAAGCCAACUGGAUGGAGCUGCAGAACAAUGGCUACAUCGCCAAAGUCCAGUGUGCAGAGGUUUGGUGCCCAAUGUCCCCUGAGUUUUACCGGGAGUAUGUGGCAAUUAAAACCAAGAAACGAAUCUUGCUGUAUACCAUGAAUCCCAACAAAUUCAGGGCUUGCCAGUUUCUGAUCAAGUUUCAUGAAAGAAGGAAUGACAAGAUUAUUGUCUUUGCUGACAACGUGUUUGCCCUGAAGGAAUAUGCCAUUCGGCUGAACAAACCCUAUAUCUAUGGGCCUACGUCCCAAGGAGAAAGGAUGCAAAUUCUCCAGAAUUUCAAACACAACCCCAAAAUCAACACCAUCUUUAUAUCUAAGGUAGGUGACACAUCAUUUGACCUUCCAGAAGCAAAUGUUCUCAUUCAGAUCUCUUCCCAUGGUGGCUCCAGGCGGCAGGAGGCGCAGAGGCUAGGGCGGGUGCUUCGAGCCAAAAAAGGGAUGGUCGCAGAGGAGUACAAUGCCUUCUUCUACUCACUGGUGUCCCAAGACACACAGGAAAUGGCCUACUCAACUAAGCGGCAGAGAUUCUUGGUAGAUCAAGGUUACAGCUUUAAGGUGAUCACAAAGCUUGCUGGCAUGGAGGAGGAAGACUUGGCAUUUUCAACAAAAGAAGAGCAACAGCAGCUCUUACAGAAAGUCCUGGCAGCCACAGACCUGGACGCCGAGGAGGAGGUGGUCGCGGGGGAGUUUGGCUCCAGAUCCAGCCAGGCAUCACGGCGCUUUGGCACCAUGAGCUCCUUGUCUGGGGCCGAUGACACCGUGUACAUGGAGUACCACUCGUCACGGAGCAAGGCCACAGCAAAACACGUGCACCCACUCUUCAAGCGCUUUAGGAAAUGACACCCGCAUGAUUACUUAGACGAAGACUUGAAUGCUGGGCACCCACAUGGGGAAGGGAUUUUCAUUGUAACAUUUUCUGUUCCCGUCGAUGUGCUUUCCGCUAACAGCCAGCCAGAUCUAAAUAUGGUAUCUGACUCAGUUGAAGAAAAUGCAUCAGAGGUUUAGUUUUGCCUUCAUGGAUCAUCCAGAGUUUAGAAAGGAGGGAGAGAUGGGUGGCGCCUCACAGGAGUAGGGCGCUGGUCCCAUGUACUGGAGGUGGCAGGUUCAAACCCAGCCCCGGCGAAAGCCUGCAAAAAAAAAAAAGGAGAGGAAGAUUAUGUAUUUUUGUUCUUUUCAAACUGGUUGGGAAGUGGGUCAUUCCUGUAUAUAAAAAUUUGUAAUAUUUAAAGCAUAUUUAUCUUAAUGUUCUCUUGAAUAAAUCCAUAUGGGCUGUUUAACCACUUUUCAGUGUAGAAGUGCUUUGUGCCUUGCCUUGGGCAGGGGCAUGUCUGCACAACCAGCCUCCAUCCACGCCUGACUUGUCUGCAGGCACAGAGGCAUGAGAUAGGCAGCUGGGGACUCACAUCCCAAGAUGCCUGUGUAGAUGUGUUGGUGGGAAAAGGCCCCAGGGAACUUGAGGAGGGUGGUUUGGAUGGGGAAGAGCUUGAGCAGUUGGGGAGUGGACCCUGUUCCUCGCUUGUCCCUGGCAGGUUCAGAUGGAGGCUACUGCUGCCUGCUUUUCCAGGGCCCAUGGCUGUCCUACAGGCUUGUCCUGCAAUCACCUGCAACACAUACGCCCUCCAGAUCAGCUCAUGAUCAUGCCCUCUAGGGCACAAUCUCUUACUUCUCCCUCAAAAUACAAUGUAGAUCUUGCUAGGAAGCUGGGUUCCUCUUCUAAAGGCGGUUUAGAGCUCUUGGGUCUUUAAUGGCCAGUUCCUUUAUUCUUAAAAAUGGCUUUGGACUUUUUCUGUCUUGUUCCUAAUAUGAAAUAAAAGGUGUUGAGGAAAAGAGAAGCAAGGCAAGAUUGCUCCAUAAAAGGCAGGCACGUACAAGGUGCCAUCACAGAGAAAAGCCUGUUGCUCCUAGGUGGCAACUGGUUCUAAUAGGAAAUAGUGCUCAUACACAGGAGAGCUGGCGCCCUGCGCAGGUUAGAUGUGGAGCCCUCAGCAGCAGGCUCCCUUUUCCUGCACCAUCAGCCAAGAAGACAGCAUCUCUUUCCAGGAUGUUUUGAAGCAAGAGCCACCUCCCCCACAUUCCACUUGUCUGAGCUGACGUUUUGAGGACAAACUCUAAGAGUCUUAUCAGCAGCUGGUGCACCAGACAGCUGGCCACUGCCAGUGCAAGCCUAAGGAAAUGACAAUGGGGUCCCUGAUCAAAGCAGGGGUCCCUGAGUAACCAGACUUGAGACCCAUGUGCCUUUAGGGGGAUGUGUACAAAGGCCUUGCCUGUCAUUCAACCCUGAGGGGCUGGACCCAGAUGUUCAAACUUGAUUCCAACUGACGUUAUUUUCAGAGUCUGAUCUCUUGUCAUACUUACAUUUGUCAUACUCAAACAAUUCCAAGUUUUCCUGUGUUUUCACAUUUCUG